UUUAUCUCAGACUAAAGCCUCCACAGAUCAAGGAUGUUGAUUCUUCUGGCUUUCAUUAUUGUGUUUCACAUAACCUCAGCAGCACUGCUGUUCAUCUCAACUAUUGACAAUGCCUGGUGGGUGGGAGAUAAUUUUUCUACAGAUGUCUGGAGAAUGUGCGCCACGAAUACGAGCACCUGUACAGCUAUUACUGAUCAGUUCAGAGAAUAUCAAUCAAUUCAGGCUGUUCAGGCCACCAUGAUCCUAUCUACUAUUUUCUGUUGUGUGGCAUUUCUGAUUUUCAUUCUUCAACUCUUCCGUCUAAAGCAAGGAGAAAGAUUUGUGUUAACGUCUAUUAUCCAGCUCCUGUCAUGUCUGUGUGUUAUGAUUGCAGCUUCCAUUUACACAGACAGGCAUGAAGAACUACACAAGAGCAAUGAAUAUAGCUUUGAAGUUUCUGAAGGCCGAUAUGGCUAUUCCUUCGUCUUAGCCUGGAUUGCAUUUGCCUUUACUCUGAUCAGUGGUGUUAUGUACCUAAUAUUAAGGAAGCGUAAAUAAAUGUCAGUUAUUUCUGUCACUACAGUACAAAACCAAAUUCCAGUAACCAUUUUGUAUAUAAUCAUUUACAUGGUUUUGUAGUAAAGGUAUUGUUUCUCUAAAAA